UUACCGUGGUGACGUGAAGACGCUGUGCUCUGUGCUAAAUCCUCUUACCGAGCGAGUGAGAGGGUUUCAGUUCUUAUCAGAGGAAAAACAUAUUUACUUUGGUUUAAUUCGCUUAUAAAACGCUGUCUGAUCAUGGCGUCAGUGUUAGACGCACUCUGGGAGGACAGAGACGUGAGAUUUGACAUUACUCCGCAGCAGAUGAAAACCAGACCGGGCGAAGCGCUCAUCGACUGCCUGGAUUCCAUCGAGGACACAAAGGGAAAUAAUGGCGAUAGAGGAAGACUCCUGGUGACCAAUUUGAGGAUAAUCUGGCAUUCAUUGGCACUACCAAGAGUCAAUUUGUCUGUGGGACACAACUGUAUUAUUAAUAUCACCACGAGGACAGCAAAUUCAAAACUGAGAGGUCAGACCGAAGCGCUUUACAUAUUAACCAAAUCUAAUAACACUAGAUUUGAGUUCAUAUUCACGAACGUGGUUCCAGGAAGUCCGAGACUGUUUACAUCUGUCAUUGCUGUUCACAGAGCUUAUGAGACUUCCAAAAUGUAUCGGGAUCUGAAGCUAAGAGGAGCUCUUAUUCAGAAUAAGCAGCUGAGGCUUCUGCCACAAGAGCAGGUUUAUGACAAAAUCAACGGAGUCUGGAACCUGUCUAGUGAUCAGGGUAAUCUUGGAACGUUUUUCAUUACUAACGUGAGGAUAGUGUGGCAUGCCAACAUGAACGAGAGCUUCAAUGUCAGCAUUCCCUAUCUGCAAAUUCGCUCCAUUAGGAUUAGAGACUCUAAAUUUGGACUAGCUCUUGUGAUUGAGAGCUCUCAACAGACAGGAGGAUAUGUGCUGGGUUUCAAGAUCGAUCCAAUGGACAAGUUACAAGAUGCAGUGAAGGAAAUCAACUCCUUACACAAAGUGUACUCUGCAAACCCCAUUUUUGGAGUGGAAUAUGAGAUGGAAGAAAAGCCUCAGCCUCUGGAGGAGCUGACCGUAGAGCAGCCGCCUGAUGACGUGGAGAUUGAGCCAGAUGAGCACACGGAUGCUUUUACCGCUUAUUUUGCAGAUGGAAAUAAGCAACAUGAUCGUGAGCCGGUGUUUUCUGAAGAGCUGGGUCUGGCUAUAGAGAAACUGAAGGAUGGAUUCACACUACAGGGACUCUGGGAAGUCAUGGGUUAAAAUACUCAAGCACUCUGUACAGUUAUGUAUUGCAUAGUUUGAUACAUUGUUUACAUCAAACAUCAAGAAUUUUGUAAUUAGCUAAAUUUGCAUUUAUUUUCAGAAUAUUUAUUUGCUAUUUGAUAAUUACAUAUGUUUACAAAUCAUAUUUUAACCAUGUGUAAGUUGAGAAA